CAGCAAAGACCGGAAAAAGCGUAGGAUUCACGAGCAUUGAUUGGCUGACGAAGGAAGCGUUCUUGGACCGUGAUUGGCUCCGCCAUUCGCGGGAAGGAGUUUGUGGCGCCAGCGAAAAGUACAGUGCUGCAGCCGCAACAGAGUUCUGAGGCGUCCGGCGAACCCAGAGGACCGGAGCCCUCUGGGCGUCUUUCCUGAGGGAGUCGUGACCAAGAUGUGGAACAGUGGAUUUGAGAGCUAUGGCAGCGCCACCUUCGGGGGAGCCGGCGGCUACACCCAGUCCCCCGGGGGCUUUGGAUCGCCGACACCUUCUCAGGCUGAGAGGAAAUCAAGAACCCGAGCCCAGCACAUUGUACCCUGUACCAUAUCUCAGCUGCUUUCUGCCACUCUGGUUGAUGAAGUGUUCAGAAUUGGGAGUGUUGAGAUAUCACAGGUCACUAUUGUGGGGAUAAUCAGACAUGCUGAGAAGGCUCCAACCAACAUUGUUUACAAAAUAGAUGACAUGACAGCUGCACCCAUGGAUGUUCGCCAGUGGGUUGACACAGAUGAUGCCAGUGGUGAAAACACUGUGGUUCCUCCAGAAACGUAUGUGAAAGUGGCUGGCCAUCUGAGAUCUUUUCAGAACAAAAAAAGCCUGGUGGCCUUUAAGAUCAUGCCCCUGGAGGAUAUGAAUGAGUUCACCGCACAUAUUCUGGAAGUAGUGAAUGCACACAUGAUGCUGACCAAAGCUAACAGCCAGCCCUCAGCCGGGAGAGCGCCUAUCAGCAAUCCAGGAAUGGGUGAAGCAGGGAGCUUUGGUGGGAAUAGCCUCAUACCGGCAAAUGGCCUCACUGUGGCCCAAAACCAGGUGCUGAAUUUGAUUAAGGCUUGCCCAAGACCUGAAGGAUUGAACUUUCACGAUCUCAAGAACCAGCUUCAACACAUGCCUUUAGCCUCAAUCAAGCAAGCUGUGGAUUUUCUAAGCAACGAGGGACACAUCUAUUCCACUGUGGAUGAUGAUCAUUUUAAAUCCACAGAUGCAGAAUAACUGGAUCUAAUUGGUACCCAACAUAUUUUCCAGCGGGACCUAUUUUCUCAGUCUGUUGUGUCCAGCUGUGCAUAUGUUUUGAACAGUUGACUUCUAGAAAGUAGGUUUCAUCCAAAAAAUGUCUCAAUUGACAUCAUUUUGAAACUUACUGCUCUUCCGUUAUUUUGAAAUUCAAAGUGAGAUAGGCAACUCAUAGGGGUGUGAGCCAAACUGGAAUUUCUUAAAAGAAGUUACAAAUUAUUAGUUAUAAUAACAUCUGGAUAGAUGGAAGUAGAAGAGGGAUGCUGCCAUAGAGUUGGGCAGUAUUUACUUAUAUACUCAGGAGUCUCUAUUCCUAAAAUAUUACCUGUUGAGUACGAUUAGGAUCUGUCAGCAGAGAGCUAGCCAAGAAACCUGCUAACUUCUGCCUGGUUUUGUUCCCCAUUUUGGUUAUGUGGUGUUACUUUCAGAAUUGCACUUUUCUUCAACUUGUCAUGACUGCUGCCAAGUGUUUUGGUAAAUAGGAAGUUCUAGAGUGGUAGCCUCGUGUGGCAGAGGAGAGAAAGAAAUAUCACCGUGUUUUGUACAAAAUAAGUACAUUCAUAUGUUUAAUAAAGUAGUUCUAUUAUUG